AUGGUUUCGGAAAAACUAAAUACAAUCACUAUAUUUAAUUGGCUCGGUGAAUGGAUAAAUUCAGGUAUUCGAAUACCUAAUGAGGCAGUUUGUGAUUUUUCGUAUGCACUAUUAGGCGCAAUAACGCGAGCAUUUUGUGAAGGAAAAAGUUUAAAAUCAUAUGUAGAAACUUGUUUUGAUAUACUCAUUGGUAAAUCCCAUAAAAUGCCCACGUGUUAUGUUCGAAUUGAUGUUGCACAUAUUAUUAAGAUUUUUUGUCGUAUUAAACAUUUAACACAAGUAAAAAACAAACAUUUAAAACAUUUUUAUGUUAGAGGAUUAAGGUUACUUGUAACAUCAACUGAGUUAAAUGAGUUUGAAGAAGAUUUAACUGCAUUGCUAACAGUUAUGUAUUGUGAGACUGAUGGAUUUUCUGAAAACAAUGAAAUUACACCAUCUGAAGAAAGCAGACAAUUUAUUUUAAAAAAAAUUAAAGGCAAUGACAUUGAUAGUACCCAAGAAUGUAUUGAUACAAAUCUCAGAUUAGAAACGGAGAACGAUUGUGAAGAUAGUGAAAUAUCAGAUAGCUUAAAAGAGUACCUUGAUAAUAUUGAAAGUAUAAGCCGUAAUAAUUCUAAGGUCAAGGGUGAUAGAAUUUCUGCAUAUUUUUUGCCAGAUCUUGCCAAAGAUGUUUUAAGAAUUUGUAAGCACUUUCCUCUGUGGACUUGUCUUAUGCAAAGUAAGUUUAAAUCACCUUAUUCGAUUGGUUCUUCAGCACCAGUUGAAAGCGAUUUUUCUGAAUUAAAGAAUCAAAUUCUACGAAAUGAUGUAAAACCUAUGUCUAUCGACCGAUUUGUAAUUAAACAUCUACAAUCUAUUAAUAGCAAUACAAAAUUAUUUAGAUCAUCUCAGUUACGGAACGAUGUAUCCAUAGAAUCAAAUGAUGUGAAUAGUAUAUCAAGUAGUGAUAAUGAAUCAUGUAAAAAUUAUUGUAUAGCGGAGAACUACUCUGAAAUGGACAAGAUUAAGGAUAAUUCUUUAAAUAAUUUAUCUCAAGAUGAUGGUAUUGGCAGCACUAAGGCACUUAAAAAAAAACUAAUUUAUCUGAUUCUUAUAUUUCAAACAGUAGUGAUUCUGAUGUUUCAAAUAAAACAAAUGAUACCUAUGAUGAAAUCGAAAACUGGAGAGGAAAAGGUAACGAUGGCGAUAUGA